AUGAGAGCAUACAAGGUGGCCAUCCGUUUUCUACAUAAAAGCCACUGGCCAGUGAACGACUCAGACAAGAACUCCCUGUACACCAUUGAGGCCACGGCCUACGCGCUGAUGCAGAAGCUGGAUCUGGGUCGGCACAAUGAGACGUACGCCAUCAUCAAGUGGCUCCUGGAGAAGCGGGAGCUGGGAGGCGGUUUCCAGUCCACCCAGGCCACGGCGGUGGCCGUCGAGGCCCUCACCCGCUUCAGCCAAGCUGUCCCCUUCGAGGGUGUCCAGGAUCUCCGAGUCCAGAUCAGCGCCCCUAAGACAGCCUUCAGCGUGGAGUGGCUCAUCGAUCAGAACAGUGCCUACCAGCAGCGGUCAGCAAAGAUCUUGACCAUGUGCCACAGGUCCCCAGAGUCCUGGGAGCACACCUGUAACCUGUUCCACCUGAACGUGACUCUCCAGAAUGCCCCGGAAGUGAAUAAAAAGGGGGAAGAGACCUUACGGCUCCGGAUGGAGACAAGGUCCCAGGAUGGCGGGCUCCACCAUGGCAAACAUACUCCAUGA